CCGUAGACGAUUCCCACCAACCUUAAACCCUAGCACCACUUGACCAGCUUAGCAAAACCCUUGCUCGCUAUCUCUUCCCGUCUCCCCUUCCCCUCUAUCUUUCAAGUAAAUUCUGCUGCUUCUUCGAUAGCUAUUAAGAAUUUGCCCUAUAUCUACACACAGAUUCUCAUAAUUAUCAAUUUAAAUUUGACUGCUGUUCAUGGCUUCGGUACAAAUGAAGAAGAAUUACCGAUGCGUUCCGUCGCUGCAGCAGUUCUACAGCGGGGGGCCGUUCGUGGUGGCGUCGGACUGCUCCUUUAUUGCUUGCGCUUGUGGUGAAGCCGUCAAGAUUGUGGAUUCAGCGAAUGCGUCGAUAAGGGCGACUAUCGAAGGUGACACCGAGGCCAUCACUGCGUUGGCACUUAGCCCUGAUGAUAAAUUGCUGUUUUCUGCGGGUCACAGUAGGCAAAUUAGAGUCUGGGACUUAUCCACUAUGAAGAGCGUGCGCUCUUGGAAGGGCCAUGAUGGUCCUGUGAUGGGCAUAGCUUGCCAUGGAUCUGGAGGCUUGCUGGCAACUGCAGGAGCCGAUAGAAAAGUCCUGGUUUGGGAUGUUGAUGGUGGCUUCUGCACACAUUACUUCAAAGGCCAUAAAGGGGUUGUGACAAGUAUUGUAUUCCAUCCUGAUACAAAUAAAAUGCUUCUUUUCUCCGGAAGUGAUGAUGCAACUGUACGAGUUUGGGAUCUUGUAGCCAAGAAGUGUAUAGCAACAUUAGAAAGACAUUUUUCAGCAGUGACCUCUUUGGCAGUAUCUGAAGAUGGAUGGACGUUACUUAGUGCUGGAAGAGAUAAGGUCGUGAACUUGUGGGACCUUCAUGGCUAUGUCUGCAAGAUGACAAUUCCAAGUUAUGAGGUGUUGGAAGCUCUCUGUGUAAUUCCUUCGGGGACUCAAUUUUCUUCAUUUCUUAGUUCAUACAGUCAGCAGAUUGGAAAAGACAGAAAUGGAUCAUCAGCAAUUUAUUUUGUCACUGUUGGUGAACGUGGGAUUGUACGGAUAUGGAACUCUGAACGUGCGAUUUGCCUUUAUGAACAAAAGUCCUCAGAUGUUACUGUCACCUCAGAUGCUGAUGAAUCAAAAAGAGGCUUCAUUGCUGCUACUAUGCUUCCUUUAGAUCAAGGAUUGCUUUGUGUGACUGCAGAUCAGCAGUUUCUGUACUACAUACCAGUUGAACACCCUGAAGAGAAGUUCAAGUUAGUACUGAGCAAGAGGCUUAUUGGGUACAAUGAAGAGAUUUUGGAUAUGAAAUUUUUGGGUGAGGAGGAAAAAUUUCUUGCUGUUGCUACGAAUCUUGAACAGAUUCGAGUGUAUGACCUGGAAUCUAUGUCAUGCGCUUAUGUAUUGACAGGUCAUACUGAAAUUGUUUUGAGCCUUGACACCUGUAUAUCAAGAUCUGGGAGGACACUUAUAGUUACAGGAAGUAAGGACAAUACUGUAAGGUUAUGGGAUUCAGAAAGCAGAAACUGCAUUGGUAUUGGCACAGGUCACAUGGGAGGUGUUGGAGCUGUCGCACUUUCAAAGAAGUGGAAGAAUUUCUUUGUUACUGGCAGCAGUGAUCGAACCAUCAAGGUAUGGAAUUUGGAUGGUAUCUCAGAUGACAUGGACCAGCCUGUUAAUUUGAAAGCAAAAGCAGUUGUUGCAGCUCAUGAUAAGGACAUAAACUCUCUGGCUGUUGCGCCGAAUGAUAGUUUAGUAUGUAGUGGUUCUCAGGACCGGACCGCAUGUGUCUGGAGGCUUCCAAAUCUGGUAUCUGUUGUUGUACUUAAAGGGCAUAAAAGAGGAAUUUGGUCCGUAGAGUUCUCACCAGUUGAUCAAUGUGUGAUUACAGCUUCUGGUGAUAAAACAAUAAAGAUAUGGGCUAUAGCUGAUGGAUCUUGCUUAAAAACCUUUGAAGGGCACACAUCAAGUGUAUUGAGAGCAUCAUUUCUUACUCGUGGCACCCAAUUGGUUUCAUGUGGUGCUGAUGGUUUGGUAAAGCUAUGGACAGUAAAAACGAAUGAGUGCAUUGCCACAUAUGAUCAACAUGAGGACAAGGCUUGGGCCUUGGCAAUUGGUAAAAAGACAGAAAUGUUUGCAACCGGUGGCAGUGAUGCAGUUGUUAAUCUGUGGUAUGACUCAACUGCUGCUGAUAAAGAGGAAGCUUUUCGUAAAGAGGAGGAAGGAGUUUUAAAAGGCCAAGAAUUAGAAAAUGCUGUAUUAGAUGCUGACUACACUAAAGCUAUUCAAAUAGCAUUUGAACUCCGCAGACCUCAUAAACUUUUUGAGUUAUUUGCUGAACUAUGCGGGAAGAGGGGAGUUGACUAUCAGAUGGAGAAAGCCUUACGUGCUGUUGGUAAGGAAGAAUUUCAUCUACUUCUCGAGUAUGUUCGCGAAUGGAAUACAAAGCCGAAGCUGUGUCAUGUUGCACAAUAUGUGCUCUUUCAAGUUUUCAACAUCCUUCCUCCGACACAGAUUCUAGAGAUUGGAGGGAUCGAGGAGUUUCUUGAAGGUCUUAUACCAUACUCCCAGAGGCAUUUCAGCAGGAUAGACCGACUAGUUAGAAGCACAUUUUUGGUGGACUACACUUUGACAGGAAUGUCAGUUAUUGAGCCUAAUAUUCAAGCUGCAGAACCAAAGGAGUCGUCCCAUAUACCCACUAAUGUUAAGGAUGAUGACAUCGUUCUUUUAUCAGAACAAGCUGAGAAAGAGCAACAGCAGACUCCUGAAGUGUUGAAAGAGAGAACAAGUUCAAAGAAACGGAAAUCAAAGCAAGCCAACAAACCUAGUGAUAGAUCACAUAAGAAAGUUAAGGGUGCAGCUUCCACAAGCGCAGCAGCAAUUCCAUUACAGGCAUAUAACAGUUCAUUCCUGUAGUGUACCUUUUGAUUAUUUCUUAGAACUGGGCUAUUAAUUUUAUUGGAGAGGAUGCAAUUUUGACCAUGUAAAUUGUAGAAAAUAUCUUCCAAUUUUCCCUCCAAAGAACUCUCCAGUAUUCUCUGAAUGGCUCCAUUUAUUUAAUUUUUUUUUAUCACUUUGUAUCUGAACAUUGUAUGCUAAAUUUUGUUUGUAUAAGAGAGAUUUAGCAA